GGUAUUAAAGCUGUUGCAGGAGCUUUAUCUCGCAAUCUGACAGAUGUUCAAGGUCAACAUGGCAGCUAUCUAUCUAUUUAUGAUGAUCCAUCAAUUGUUUUGAAGGACCCAGUUAUAGACUUGAUAGAUGCAGCCGUGGACAAACUAACACAUUCGACAAACUUCCUCCACUUUUUGGGAAACCAUGCGCUUAUCAUUUCAGAUGAAAUAUCAAGUUCUGAAGACCAUCCUGAUGAUGGAAGUUAUCAAUUUAUUUCACUUCUACUGAAUCUGGCGAACACUUUCUUGUACAUGGUCAAUACGUAUAUUAUUGUUCCUACAGCAGAUGAUUAUUCCGUAAGCCUUGGAGCUGCAGCAACUGUUUGCGGAAUAAUUAUUGGAUCCAAUGCCGUUGCACAAGUGUUUUCUUCAAUUUAUUUUAGUUCUUGGUCUAAUAAAUCAUACUACAAACCUCUUGUUUUUAGCAGCAUCAUGCUUCUAAUAGGCAACACGUUGUAUGCAUUGGCUUAUGAUUUCAACUCUCUGGCGGUUCUUUUAAUGGGCCGCCUUUUAUGCGGGUUGGGCUCUGCUAGAGCUGUUAAUCGUCGCUACAUCAAUGAUUGUGUACCCGUUAAGAUUCGUUUCAAGGCGUCUGCUGGUUUUGUUAGUGCAAGUGCUCUUGGAAUGGCUUGUGGUCCUGCACUUGCUGCUUUGCUUCAAGUAAAAUUUAAAAUGCAUGCUAUCACAAUCAAUCAAAAUACAUUACCAGGAUGGGUUAUGGCAUUCGCUUGGCUUUUUUAUUUGCUAUGGCUAUGGUUUUCAUUUAAAGAGCCAUCCCGAGUUGACGAGGGAAACCAUCAAAAUCUUAAUACUGGAUUUGAAGUCGGGGAGGAUGCUUGGCAGUGCUGAGUUGCACAGUGGUCUCUAUCUUCUCAACAAACCC